AUGGGGCCGACUAUGCCAACGUCCAGCUCUUCAUUGCCUCAGAAUCCGCCCAAUUUGCUAGAUGCGAUUACAAAGAGCAUCCAACAACUGCAGGAAUUGCAAGUUCAAUCCUUUAGAAAGGAAGAAGAUGGGAGCCCGGAGCAGGUGAAGUCCAGUAUCCCUGCGCUUCCAUCACUCAAGGCACCACAAGGAGAUGCUGCGGGAGUACAACUGCAAGAUUGGUUGUCCUUGGUGAGCACGUGCAUGCAAGACCUGUCAGCGUCGUCCGGUGCUUGGUGGGAGGAUGUGGUUAGAGAGGUUGGAGUAGCGUACGCAAGAUGGUUGUCUGCUACCCCUCUAGAGCGAUUGCAAAUCUACCCGCACAAGGACUCGGUCUACACCACCGGUCGCUGGACACGGAUCAAUGCGCGAGCUUGCACUUUGGUCUUGGCUUCACUUGAUGAUGCAGUCAAGGAGGAUCUGGUUGGAAGAAGAUCGACGCAGAGCAUGGUCGCUUUGCUGUUUAGGCUCCACACGGUGUAUCAGCCGGGCGGCCCACACGAGAGAGCGAAGAUCCUGCAAGUCCUUCAGGACCCUCCGGUUCCGGAGACAUUGGCGCAGUGCCUCGCGACGCUGCGGACGUGGCCGAGAUCGAUGCAGCGCUGUGAGGACAUGGGCAUGACACACCCAGAUGGUUCUGUCUUGGCCAAGGCUCUGACGGCUGUAACGGCAAAGUUCCUUUCUGGGAGCCAAGACGCCAGUUUUCGGACUCAGCUGCUGAGGUCGACGUUGCGAAUUGAUGGGCAGCCUUCAGUGACCAGUGUCCACCAGUACCAGCAACACUUGCAAGCGGAGAUCGAGAACCUUAUAGCAGCGGGAGGGGAUCAUGGAGCAGGAAAUCCAAAGCUUCGAGCAGUGAUGCCAAAAUCUGGAGCCGAGCAGGGAGAUCUUCAAUCGCCAACAAAGGGAAAACCUGCAUGUAGAUACUUCUUCAAGACGCAAGGAUGCCGACGAGGAGCCAAGUGUCCGUAUGGCCACGACGUGGGGAUGUUGAGCAAGGGAGAAAGAUCAAAGAAGUGUUUGGUUUGUGGCAGUGAAGAACAUCGGCAACGUGAAUGUCCUACCACAAAGCCUCAAAAACCUCCCAAAGCUCUACCCGAUGGAAGCCCCAAGAGUACAUCCUCGACUACCCCCUCUACGGCACCACGGGCGCAACAGGUCACAUUCGAAGAUCAAAUUCCCCCGGAAGUGGGACCGCCAAUACAGGGAGAUCCAGUAUGGACCAUGGAAGCCUUGUUAAAGGCAGCCGCCCAGGUCGUCCAGGCGACCCCGACAUCUUCACCUCCGGAGCCAAAAGCGCCAAGUAUGAAGGUAAUGACUUUGAAGAAGAACGACACGGCACACCUGGAUGUGGAGGAUGUCUACGCCUUGAUGGAUUCCGGAGCCACGCAUCCCCUUCGGCGAGCUUGGACAGAUGAAGAAUGGUGGGAAGCCUCGCCCGUGAUAGUGACCUUGGCUGGGGGGGAAAGUGUGUCGCUGAGAAUGAAUGAAGGUGGAACCCUCUUGGUCCCAUCAACUGGGAAAGAAGGGACAGCUCCGAUCGUGCCCCUUGGAUCCCUGGUGCAGCAACUGGGCUACACCCUAGAGUGGAACUCGAAGAAGUGUCGGUUAGUGGGUCGAGCAGGUGAUGUACACCAUCUUCGAGUUCGUAAUGGAUGUCCGGAGGUUGCUGAGUGUCAAGCCCUCAACCUUAUUGCCAGGCUCGAGGAGGAGAAGUUGAACAGCUUGAAGACCAACGUCGCCAACACCCAAGAGAGAGUUCGACAGGCUGCGGUGUCUUUGAACAAAACAUGGUUCGAUCACCUGAUUCAGUUCUGUCGCAGUGAUCGAGCCACAGACGCCGUGCAAGCAGUUGGUGAAGCCCCCUUUUUUCAGGAGGUGCCCUUGCCUGCCAAGCAAGGACUCACUGAGGGAUAUCCUGAAGGUAACGGCUGGGACGCGCUCAGAGGCCUGACACAUCUCAACCGAAGAACCAGGAAGCGGCUUCACGAGUCAGAACGGUGGAUUGUGCACCUCUUUGCUGGAAAACAACCCCGAGAAGAGUACAAGUACCUGGAGAAGAAUGGCUAUGUGCUCCUGGAGUUGGACAUCGAAAGGGGGUCUUCCCACGACAUAAUGAACCCAGCGGUAUGGAGGGCAUUGGAGUGGGCGGCACGGAGAGGAAAAAUCAGCGGGGUGAUUGGAGGACCACCGUGUCGAACCUAUUCUUUGCUGAGAUACAAAUCCCCGGGUCCCGCUCCUGUGCGUUCCAAUGACUACCCGUACGGUGGCUGGGAAGGUCAAUCGGCGGCGGAUGAAAGCUUGGUCAUAAAGGACACUGCCUUGUACGUGCGGAUGAUCUACCUGCAUGCUUUAUCUACGGCGGGGAAAGUGGUGGCCAAUCCAAGUCCAGAGCAGAACAGGGAAGUUGCCUUCUUGUUGGAACAGCCACGGGACCCUCAAGAAUACUUGCCUUGGGACCACGAGCUCCAUGCUCGAGCAGUGAGCUUCUGGCGAAGUGGAAUGUGGCACAGCUACGCUCAAGAAGCUGGCCUGGCAAUGUACUCCCUGGAGCAGGGCGCUCUCGGACAUCAAACGCGAAAGCCGACCACGCUGGGAACGAACCUUGUCGCCCUCAGUUACCUGAAUGGAGUGAAGACCGAAGGAGAUCUAGAUCCGUGGUCAGGACAAUCACAUGAGCUGGCGGCGUGGGCUCCAGAGCUGGUGGAGGCGAUCGUCAAGGCAUUGAUCAUCCAUGGAAAAGUGCCCCGGAUGUUGGCUAUGUCAGUAGAGCAAUGGAAGGACCACGUUCGAAGAGGGCAUCUCCCAUUUAGGAGGGAUUGCCUGACGUGUGUGCAGGCCGGCGCAACAGGAAGGAGGCAUUCCAAAGUCGAACAUCCCGAUGCCUUUGUCCUCACGGCAGAUUUAUCUGGCCCGCUGAAGCAGCACGGACUAGAUUCACAUGGGAGAGGUCGUGCCCCAAAGAAGUUCCCCUACCUCUUCGUGGCAAAGCUCAAAAUACCCCGAAGCUUCGUUGAUGAUGGACGAGGCGUGGGAGUGGAAUUUGAGUUGCCGGAAAUUUCUCGGGAGGAAACAGAGGAGCCGGAUGAUGGUCUAACCACUCACCAUGAGGAGAAUCCAACUGCUUCAGGUUCUGGAGAUGGUCAUGAAGAAGGAGAAAUGGACGAGGAGGAGGAGGAGCAGCCAGAAGGUUUCAUUGAGGUCGAGCAAAAGGACUCAUCAGCCGGCAACCGCGUGAUGUUUGAAGAUGACCAAACGGCCCCCGAAAUGGUGACCUUGAUCUUUGCCAAUGGCCUGGGAGACAACAAGAGCGCUACAGUUCUAGAAGCCAUUCAAGAUGUAGUGCACUACGCCCAAGCCUACAACAUCCCGAUCUUGAGGUUCCACUGCGACAGGUCCAUGGAGUUCUUCGCAAAAGGGUCAAGGCGGUGGAUUAAGGACCAAGGGAUAAGAAUGACAAGCAGCGAAGGAGGAGAGCAUCAGUCCAAUGGAACCGCAGAAAGCACGGUGAGGUGGGUUAAACAGAGGGCAAGGACACUGCUAGCCGGAGCUCGACUACCUCAACAAUUGUGGCCGAGUGCAGUCCAGUAUGCUUGUGCCCAACAGCGUGCUAGUGUACUGGGAUUUGAGACGAAGCUGGCCGCCCCCUUCGGAUCCAAGGUCCUCAUCAAGAAGAAAUCCUACGUCGGGGCGCACCAUGGUGGAAAAUUGGAUGACUUAGCGCCACGGUGGGAAGAGGGCUACUACCUGGGUUUGUCGGAUACUGUAAGUCCCCUGGAAAUUGAAGAUGAGCUACGAAAGGAAGCAGAGAAGGUCCUGCAAGACUGGAACAUUGAAAGAGCCGAAGACCUGGUGAUCCAAGCUUGCGCACUACUUCCUAACGUGGCCAAUAAGUACGGCGUGUUCCGACAUGGAGGUGUUAUGGGACUGACGAGGGCAUCCUACGAGUACCCAUGGAUUGCCAAGGUGAUGGUCAGAAUCAUCCAAGAGGUCGAUCCGGAUGCAGAGUUCGCGUCGAUCUACUUGUCGGUGGAUGGGGAUAAAGGCCUUCACAUGGAUUCCCGCAACGAAGCCGGAACAUAUAACUACGUGUACCCCCUCCGACUUCCACGCCGAGGAGGAGAUCUAUGGAUUGAGCUGUGCAAUGGAGAUGUGAUUGCCGGAAAGAUCCUGGAGCUCAAAGAUAAGGCAGGCAAAUCUCAUUAUGGAACGGCGUUGGGAUUGAAGGAGAGUGUGCUCAUGUCGUUCAACCCGAGGAGGAGACACGCUGUGAUGCCAUGGAACGGAGGUCCUGGAGAUCGUAUUACAAUCAUCGGUUACACGCCAGCGAGAGUGGGCCGACUUACGACUGCAGACAAGGACCAGUUAGCCUAUUUAGGCUUCAGCGCGCCUGUGGACCUAACCGACGACGUGGUUGCUAUGAGAGCCAUGAGAGUAGCAGCCCCCAAGACCAUCAUCGAGGAAGAGGUCCAAGACCUAUGUGGUGGUGGAUGGACAGAAAGGGUUAGGACUUCAGAUGGGACGCUGUUGUUCAUGGUGGAUUGGAAAUUGCAGCGGGAGUUAGAUGGAGCUGCAAGCUUGGAGCCAGCGGACGAAACUGCGGGCGUGACCAGUGGCAUAGUGGAUGGGGCCGCCUUGGAACCUGGUGGCUCAACUGCGGAAGGGUCCCGAAAUGAUGCUCCGACGUCCAGCAGUGGCAUGGGAGAUCCGGAACCUCAAGCGGUGGUUCGAGAUGAGCGAGCGCCUCGGGCAGAAUACUCUUAUGGGACCAUGCCAAGAAGCCUGGUGAGCCAACAAAUGAGUGAUUUCGACGGCGCUGCAACUGGUGGUGGUGCUGCUGGUAGUGGAAAUAUGGCGCGGAACUUGGAAGCUGCAAGUGUGGGGAUGAGAGCUGGUGCUAAUGUAGACGCCCAAGGCGCCCGAAGCACAGUUGAUCCGGUGCACCUGCAACCACAACGAGACGCCGCGCUGGAAAUGAAUCCACUUCUGGUUGGCACUGAAGAGACAGGAGACAGAGAUGUGGGCUCGGCCGGAUUCAUGACGCCGAGAUCUUUGAGAGCGACUGGAGUGGAGCGCCAGUAUGGCUCCGUGGCUGGACAUUUCCAGCAAUUUUCACGUGGAGAAGGAGAACAGUGGCCACGAUGGAUGCAACGUCUGACGGACAUGUUCAGGGCCCCUCAAGUGCCAGCAACAUGGAUCCCCAGCCACUUGCCAUCUCCGAUAUCUGAAGUGAGGUCUAGGCAUGGAAAAAGCGACGGAGCUCGAGCGGCGCCAAGUCCUGACACGUUAGUGCAGGGACCACCAAUGGCUGUGAAGCCGCCGUCUCCGCCUAGUUCGUCCAGUGUGCCAGCCGAAGCUAUCCAAGCUGAAGUUCAACGUCAGCUGGGUGGAUUACUGGAAAGAUUGCAGCGGUCUGAGGCCGAGAAUGCCCGCUUGCAGAAGCAGCUGGAGCAACGAGAUCAAGAGUAUCGGACCGCAGCUGCUGCGCUUGCUCCUCGAGAUCAGCACGACCUUCAGAACAUCGAGAAGUACGGCGAGAUCUGCUAG